UUAUCCGUAAUAAUAAUGGCGGUUGCUGUGUGGCACGUGCCGAACUUCAUCUCUCACGUGCGAGCCAAUUCAGUCUCAACUUCCUGCUAUUAUAAACCCAACUGCUACGCCAACUUACCACGCCACGCAAUUGCUACUCGAUUCAACUCCGCUGACCGGAAAAUGGACCAUUCAUCCUCCUCCGCCGCCGAGAUGCGCUCCGACUUCCUGCAGCUCCUCCGCAGUCGCCGGACUGCCGAAGUUCCUCUUUCUGUUGAAUCUGCGCAGCCUGUAAAAGAACCACUAUUUCAGGAAACUCCGACGCCAACCUACAGUGAGGCUAUGGAGUCUUGUCCAAAGAAAGAGAUUCCGAAUUUCAAGGAAUUGCUUCAAGAGGAAAAUUUUUACCUAACUACUGAGGCAGGGGAGCAAGGACGCCUGCCAGUACUGCUAUUGAAGCUGAAAGAGGAUACUCCGGAGAGAAGGCCGGCAGUGGUUUUCCUGCAUAGCACGCAUAAAAACAAAGAGUGGUUGAGGCCAUUACUUGAGGCAUAUGCUUCAAGAAAUUAUGUUGCUAUAGCCAUUGAUUCGCGUUAUCACGGAGAGCGUGCUAAAAACUUGACAACCUACCAAGAUGCUCUAGUAUCAUCGUGGAAACAUGGAGAUACGAUGCCUUUCAUUUUCGAUACGGUAUGGGACUUGAUAAAAUUGGCAGAUCAUCUUGUAGAAAGGCCAGAUAUCGAUCCUUCUAGGAUAGGAAUUACUGGUGAAUCACUGGGAGGAAUGCACGCAUGGUUUGGUGCAGCCGCUGAUACUCGUUAUUCAGUAGUUGCCCCAAUAAUUGGAGUUCAGGGGUUCCGGUGGGCGAUUGAGCAUGACAUGUGGCAAGCUCGAGUUGACAGCCUUAAGCGCGUAUUUGAAGAGGCAAGAGUCGACUUGGGAAAAAGUGCAAUCGACAGAGAAGUGGUAGAGAAGGUUUGGGACAGUAUAGCUCCUGGAUUGGCAUCCCGUUUUGACGCACCUUACACCAUUCCUGCGAUUGCUCUUCGUCCUCUGUUGAUCUUGAACGGUGAGAAGGAUCCACGUUGCCCCUUUGCUGGACUGGAGCUUCCAGAAUCGAGAGUUAGAAAGGCAUAUGAAGAGGCCAAUUCUGCUGAAAAGUUUAAGUUGGUAGCUGAACCAGGGAUUGGGCAUCAGAUGACAUCUUUGAUGGUGAAACAAGCCAGUGAAUGGUUUGAUCAAUACUUGAAUCCAUGAGGGCAGCAUCUGUUCGAAAUCUGAGUGCUACUGUAUAAACUGUGUUUAGCCUGCAAACUGCGUCGUUUGCAUGGAAUAAACACAUCCAUUCUGUACUUGUACGUCUGUUUUCACUAUUUUCAAUUGUUAUGGUUUCCCAUUGCUUAAUUUCUGAAUAAGGAAAGCUUUCUUAGCUCA